UAAAAAUGGCGACGGUUCGAUUGAAAGAUAGAUCAGGAGUUGUGACUACUGGACUUGUUCGAGUUGGAUUUUAUGAACUUGAGAAAACCAUUGGCAAAGGAAAUUUUGCGGUUGUGAGGCUGGCUACCCACGUUAUCACAAAAACUAAGGUUGCUAUUAAAAUCAUAGAUAAAACCAACCUGGAUGAAGAAAACCUGAAAAAGAUAUUCCGUGAAAUUCAGAUAAUGAAGUUAUUGAAGCAUCCUUAUAUUAUUCGAUUGUAUCAAGUUAUGGAAACAGAAAAGAUGAUAUAUCUAGUAACAGAGUAUGCAAGUCAGGGAGAAAUAUUUGACCAUUUAGUGGCUAAUGGUCGUAUGACAGAAAAUUAUGCACGGAAAAAAUUCAAACAGAUAAUUGCAGCAAUGAGUUAUUGUCAUCAACGCUUUGUAGUUCACAGAGACUUGAAAGCAGAGAAUCUCCUGCUAGAUUCUAAUAUGAACAUCAAAAUUGCAGAUUUUGGGUUCAGCAACUAUUAUAAACCAGGAAGACUUCUGUCAACUUGGUGUGGCAGUCCACCUUAUGCUGCUCCAGAACUCUUUGAAGGAAAGGAAUAUGAUGGGCCAAAAGCUGAUGUGUGGAGUCUGGGAGUAGUGCUGUAUGUACUUGUGUGUGGUGCCCUUCCUUUUUAUGGCAGUACCUUGCAAAGCCUCAGAACUCGGGUGUUGUCAGGAAAAUUUCGCAUUCCAUAUUUUAUGUCUUCAGAAUGUGAGCAACUUAUCAGAAGGAUGCUUGUUGUUGACCCUGAGAAAAGACUGAGUGUGUGUCAUAUUCUGCAAGACAAGUGGAUUUUGCAAGGUGGACCAGACCUGGAAUUUGAAGAAAUGGUUGACCAAUACAGUAGGAUGUCAUUUAAUGAAGAAGAAAAGCCAGUAAAUGAACUUAUAAUUGAGCAUAUGCUUCAACUUCCUGGUAUAACAGAAGAACAGAUUAUUCAGUCAGUCCAGGCUAAGUGUUUUGACCAUUAUAGUGCAAUUUAUCACCUAUUGUUAGACAAAUUAGAUGGGCACCAGGGUACAGCACUAUUGCCUCAAAACUUGUCUGUGAUGGGUCAUCCUCAAAGAAUCACCAGUAUUACUACAGGAACUGUUGACAAAAGUCCUCCAGCUUUUGACCAAAGAGUAAAAGAAAAUAAGAAAACUGCUUGUAGUCCAAUAUUGUCUGCUAGUAAUGUUCCUCUGUGGCAGAUUCUUUCAGAAAACCAAAGUCUGGAAAAGUUUGGAGAUACAGAACUGGAAUCAGAUGGAGAAGAGCCAUCAUCUGAGAUCCUUUCCCGUUAUCGUGUUAUUCGCCGCCACACUGUAGGACCUGAAAAUUCACACCAUAAACAAGUUCCAAAUCUAGAGAUAGGAUAUUUAAUGGCCAGUCAAAGGAGUCGAAACUUUCAACCAAUUAUUAAUCUUCAACUUCCACCAGUAUUGCCCCUCAGUGCUCUUCCUAAUACUAAUCUUCCCCAAAACCUUCCACUGGUUCAACAUCAGCCACCAGGAAACUUCACUUUCAAGGACCAGCAUUUACUGAAACCCCCACCUGUGCUGGAUGCAGUUGGUGGCUUAAAUCGCAGAGCCUCAGAUGGAGAAGCCAACAUUCAGAAGUGCUUACAAAAGCAGCUAUUCCAAGGCCAAUUCAGCUAUUCCACUAGUAAAGAAAAGGUACCAUGUGUCCAGCCAAGCAAUCCAGCUCCAGUCCCUCAAAUGUCAGUUUUACCAAUACCAAUUGGGGAAGAAAAUAGAGAAUUUGAUGACAGGUUAGAUACAGGAGCAAUCUCAAGAUACCUACAAACACGUGGUCAUUCCAAACGCCACACUUUGGCUAUGGCUUCACCAGAAGAAGUUCAAGAAGUCCAUAGGAAAAUGCAUUCUUCAUUCAGACAACGAAGAACUGGUGUAUUGGCAGUUACAGAAAAGCUUUCAGGUAUUGGUCGGAGAGCAAGUGAUGGUAGCACAUUAAUGAAUCCCUACCAUUCUCAACUAGAAAGACUUUAUAACCAAACAGUAGGCUUGGGCCCUGUACCUGUCAAUAAUUUCUCGAAUGUGAAAGCUUUACAACAAGAAUAUCAGCAGUUACAGAAACAUGCAGGUAUUGUGGAUCCUCAGGUUCAACUAGAAUUGCAACGACGUCACUCGCUUCAUGUUCAGCAGAAGUUUUUGUUGAGGACUUCACCCAUUCAAAUGUCCACUUCUUCACCUCCUUCUAUAUCUGGAUCCCCUAUUCAUAAGUCAUCUUCUAGUGAUUCCACCUACACUCUGUGUCCUGUGCAGCUUCAGUGUCAAGGAAGCCCUGUUGGAUUUGGUUCAACUGACAGUACUUACUCAUCAUUCCAAGUUAUUGACACCCCUACAUGCAGCAAAGUAACAGGAAUGGCAUCACCUCAUAAAAGAGUGUCCCCUCCAAUAUCUUUUCCUGAAUCUCUUAUGAACUUGCCUUCUCUUGCUCCUCAUUUACAAGAGUUAGUUGGCCAGCCUCAUCAUAACAUUUCUCCAACAACCUUUCAAAAUCUGUGCAUGAUUCAGGAAGAUAUAACUGAACAGUGUCAGCUCCAAUCUUCAACCUGUAAACAUGCUGAAAAAUUAGAACUAACUAAAAAUGAACACAUGAGUGAAAACAUUUCAUUUUCUUCGUUCAUCUAUCCUCAGAUAAGUGUCACUGAUGAAACAGGAGUAGUGCAGUUGUCAUCAGAUGUGAUGAAACAUCCUGACCACAGAAUAAUGGACUUGUCCUUUGGGCUUAAUUCUCAUACACAAGAAAUUGAUCACUGUGAGACUUUUCCAGGAAAUGAAGAAGAUACAUAUUCUAGCCAGGAUCUCCAAUCUGAAAAAUCUAAUAGUAUCCUGAAAAGAUGUUAAAACCAUUGAAAAAAACUUUCUGAAGCAAAUAUCUGCCCACAGUUCAGGAGAAUUUUACAAAUAAUCAGAAGACUCAAAACAUAUUUUUCCUUUGAUAGGAUACAAAAAAUAUAAUGAAGACUUUGGAUUUAUAUUUAAUAUGUAACUGAGAUUUAGUACACUGAAAAUCUGUCCAUUGCCCUUAGCGCCAGUAGUGUCAAAAUUUGUUUCUUCUCAGACCUCUUGAAAGAUAUUCAGAAUGAGGGUUAGUGGUUUAGCACCCAGUGAGAUUACAGUAUUUGAUGGACUAUGGUCCUCAGAACAGGGCUUGAUAAUGUUAAGAAUAUCUGGAGAUACAUUACAAUAUAGUCAAAUAUCAAGGAAUUGUAGUUUAUAUGAACAUGUGACAAUUUUAUUUUUAGUAUAAGAUUUACAAAGUGCAAAAAAACUGCUUGAUCUUUGGGUCUGUAAAGAAAUUUAUGUGCCUCCAAAGAAAAAUAAGCAGUAGCCUUGAAUGAUUACAGAAGGUUGUCUUAUUUAGUGAUUGGACAUCAGAGCAGACUUUAAUUAUGUGUCUAUUAAACAUAUUCACAACAAAGCAGUUCUUUUUGUUCAUAUGGUUUCCGACGGAUGGUGAGUGCUUGACAAUACAAAGAAACUGAUGCCUUAUGCUAGUGCAGAGUGAUCAUGAUUUAACACCUCACUUGUGAAGAUACAUGCUUUGUAUAUUAAGUUUCUCAUUAAAAUUAGACUAUUUUCAGUGUUCAGUGAUCUGUUUGUAAAAUUAGCACUGAAAACAAAUGUAACAGUAAUGUUCACAUGGCAUGUAAAAUUGGUUAAAUAUAAUUCAAACUGUAAUUAAGGUGUAAUAUUAUAUACUGUGCUUGGUUGUAAUGUGUGUGUGUUAGUUUUUUGCCAUUUAUCGUGUUAAAUAUUAUGGCCAAAGUAUGAUUUGUUAUUUAUAUGUAGUUCUUGGAAGUUAGUUUUUAUCAAACAAAAAACAAAAAGGUACAAUGAUUUUAAAUACCAUUUUAGAUUUGCUCAAGAAAAUUUACCAGUUCUAACUCUAGUGAUAAGUUUUGUUUCAGCAAUUUAAUUGUGGUAUCAAAGUAUAGUUUUGUGCAACCACUCUAGUCCAAUUUGAUAUAUUUUUGUAAUCAAUCAUAAAUUAUUUUACAUGUAUUCAUGAAGUAAAUGUUAACUAUGUCCAGUAUUAUUUUUAAAAUUAUAUAUAUAUUUUUGUCUUAUUUCUGCUGAUGAGAAAUAUUUAAAGACACACGUUGAAUCAUAUACUAUUUGUAGUUGGUACCAUUUCUUCAUAAAAAGUGAUAUUACCUACAGAUUUAGAAUUAAUGUUAGUUUCCAGUAUGAUAUGUAACUUCCGAUUGCAUCUAGUUUCCCCAAUUAAAUGCAGCUCUUUAUAUGCAAGCUUUUUUUGCUCACCAUUAGUCUUGAUGCUUCCAUCUAAUAUCACGUUUCCAUGUGGUAUUGCUGCACUGUUUCAUGCAAAUGAGCAUGCUACAAUUCUCCACUGCCUCCUAAUGUAGCUGGCUCCCUUUGUACUGAUUGUUCAAUUAUCACUUUUCUAUUUGAGUCUCGUGUGUUCAGAUGUGUUUUUUCACUCGCAAGAGAUUUCUCAACAUACAUAUUUUGUUGUGGAAGUAUCUUAGAGAACCCCACUGUUAUGGAAAUAUUACUACAAUGGCAUCGAGUGCUUCUUUGUUGAGGAUGUGACAGAUAUUGUAUGACAGGAAGUGGAGUCUUACAUGAGGUCUGGGCCUGUUUCUGAACUUGACAUAAACAUCCCUCCCCUUAUGCAUCCCAUACGUGACAUAAGGAUUUUGAGUCUUUUUCCCACCACCUAUCUUUGCUAACACUUCUUCUAGUGCUUUUGUGGAUCUACCUCGACCUUAUAUGUCUUUUCUUGACAUGGUUUCUCAGAUAUGUUACCUUCUUGCUCUCUCUCUCGUUUCUUAUUGUUCUUUAUUUUUUCUUCCUCAUUCAGCCCCUUCUUCAGAGUAUUAUUUUCUUCCUUUUCCUGUUAUCCAAGUCUAUGCUGAACAUUUUUGUUCCAACUUCACUCUGGUUCCACCACGCCUUGUCCUCCUUGCCAGAUUGACUUAUUCUUUGACUUAUAAUCGGGAUACAGUUUUUUUUUGCCUCCUAGACAGUUUUGAGUUUUUUCUUCAGACUUAGGGUUUGGUUUGGGUCCUUCAUCUUCUGUACCUCUUUCUGAAGCCCAAUUUUCAUGCCUUAACCUUACCCUCACUAACCUUUUGUAUUAUCUUUUCUCCAUUCUUCUUCUUUCAGAGGCAGAGCUUGGCUUGGCCUGGUGGUGAGGGUAAUUUACUUGCAGUUUUAGGGAUGCAAGUUUGAAUCAUAUUGCUGAACAUGCUCGUCCGUUAAGGGUGCCAUCUGGGCCAGACACCCAGCUGUAUAAAUUCAUGGCUUACAAAAAUACCAACGAAAUUCAAAAUAGUUUAGAUUAAGGUCAUUACACAGAAGAAAAAUAUUUUACAUAGGCACUCUACCUAACUUUCCCUUAAUUUUUGGCAGACAUUUGUUUCCUUAUUUUUUUACAUUGGCAUGUUCUUAUUCCUUGGCUUUGUCCCUUCUCACUCAGUUACUCUGUUGCUGGGUUGUAUGAGACAACGAUCCACCAAUAAGAAUGCAACACCUCCUUCUUUGUUGUAGAACUAAAUUUUCACUUCUUGGUCAUAUUGCUCGCCACUCUGAGUCUCUUUUUUGCAGAUUUUUUGUACUUAGUUUGAACUUUAUAUUUCCUACAAUUAUUUGGAAAUUAGAUUUCUUUUGUGA